AUGGGUAAUUGUAUUGGUAAAAAAUCUGAUGCACACAAUAAACACCGUAGACAUACUUCUUCAACAGUUUCUACUAGCAAGUUACAUUGUAAUAAUCAAUUAAAUUUAACACCAACUCUGCCAUCUUCAACAUCGGAGCGAACUACUGAUCAUCUUUCUUCUUUAUCCGAUGUAAAAGAAUCAGAUAUUUUAUUCAAUAAUAAAGAUGAAAGUGAAAAAAACAUCAUUCAAUAUUCGUCAUCUUUAGCAACGAUAACAAAUGAUCAAUUUUUAUUUUCACAUUCAUCAUCAACAUUAUCGCCUGUUCAAUUAUCCAUUCAAUGUAAAAAAUUUAAAUCAAACAAUAAUGUGACAGAUUUUAGUGAGAAUAAUGUAGCACAUCCAAUUACAUUGAUAAAAAAUGAACAAGACACAAACAUGGGACAUUUAUUUAGUAAAGAAAAAGAAAUCUGUGACAAUAAGGAAGUUUUGAUCUUUACUCAAGAAAUAAUAUCAGAAUCCGUUGGUACAUCUCCUUCGCCAACACUUUCCGAUUCUUCACUUUCGUCAUUUUCUUCUAAUACAACAUCAUUUUCUUCUCAAGAUCAACUUAUUCUUUCAUCAUCUUGCUCAUCAACUGAACUUAAUCCUAUUCUAUCAUCAUAUCAAUUAACAAAUCAUAAUAGAUUUCAGUUUUCACCUUACAAUGAACAAAGUUAUUUUGAUAAUCAAUCUACAAAUGAAAUAUUUUCAACUGUAUUACCUGUAUCAUUUCCUCGUUGCAAGAAUGAUUUAUUUCUAAAUGAAUUUCAUAAAAAUACUAUUUCUCAUAAUUGUAAAACACUUAGUUAUGUUAUUGAUGAUGUUGUACAACAAGAAUUUAUUCGAAUUCAUCGACGAACAAAAACUGUGUUAAUUGAACAUAAACAAUUAGAUUGUAUAAAUUUGAAAGAUUUAAAAAACCUCGAUGCACCAUCAUUAAUCUUUGAUGAAGAUAAAAAACUUGUUUAUAUAACAAAAUAUAUGCAUUGGAAUGAACUUAAAUCAAUAACAUAUAAUACGAAGGAUGUACCAUGUACAUUAUCAUCUUGUGAUCAUUGUUCAUUAUUGCUGUCUGGUUCGAAACUUAAUAAUCGUUUACAUCCAUUUUUAUUGGUUAAUGCAACAUAUAAUUUAGUACAAAUGUGUUUUAAUAAGAUAAAUAAUAAUAAUAUAUUUGGAUACAUUUCACAAAAACAUGCAAACUUAAUUCGACAAACAAUUAUUAAUAGCUCAAAAUUAAAUUAUUCAUAUGAUCUUGAUGUUAAUCAUACAUCAUUUUAUUUUGUUUUACAUAUUCAAUCAUGGCCACAAGAAAUACGUUCGGUUUAUGAGCAACGAAAACGUCUUUGGCCAUUGAAUAUUGAAAAUUUAUUUAAUAAUACAUGUUUUAUUCGAUUUAAAGGUAAUGAACAAGAAAUAUCUACAAAUGAUAAAUGUUUAACUUGUGAAAAAAUACUUUUAUCAUCAUCAAAUGCAUCUUGGUCUUAUACAUAUUCAGCGAUAGAAGCACAACUUGUACAUACAAUGUCUGAUGGACAUUUACGUUUUGCAUCGAUUUUAUGGAAAUAUUUAAAUGGUAAAACACAAGGACAAUGUCCAUUUGUAAUUUUUAAACAUACACUCUUCUAUUUCCUCGAACAAUACACUUCUGAUUCAUUUAUAACCAGUGAUUUAUUUAGUCAUGUACACCAUUUUAUUGAUUAUCUUUUAAAUCGUCUUGAAACAAAAUCGAUUCCUCAUUAUUUUAAUUCUAAUUAUAAUCUAUAUAAUGAAAAUAUUUCAAUGACAAUAAUGAAUUUAAUAUCCAUUAAAAUGACUUAUUUAGAUUUAAAAAAUUUUUCAAUUUAUAUUUUACCAAAAUCAUCAUUAUAUCUUUAUCAUUUAAUUUAUCUAAUUCAAUUUCAAAUGAAUUUUUUACAAUAUCAUCGUUCAUCAAAAACAAAUUUAACUCAAACAAUCAUUGAUACACAUGAACAUGCUAUUCAACAAUUAUCAUACGGUGUUAGAAUAUAUAAACAACAAUUAGAUUCUACUAUAGCAAUAAAAUCACACUGUUCAUUAACACUCGAUUGUCUUUAUCAAUAUCAAGAAGAAAAUGUCCAAAUAAUACUUGAUUAUUUACCAUUGUUACGUGAAAAAGAACCUUCAUUACUUAUUCAUUCACUUUGGUCUAUAUUCAUACAAUAUUUUAAUUCUUUAUUUGAUGACCUUUUUAUUUCGUAA